AUGAAAGCUGCAGAGGACCAGGUUGUUGAAGAGGACACUGGUUUCCAGGAUGAUGAGGAGUCCUUCUUCCAGGACAUCGACCUCCUACAGAAACAUGGGAUUAAUAUGGCGGACAUUAAAAAGAUGAAGUUGGUGGGUAUCUGCACUGUGAAGGGGAUCCAGAUGACAACUCGUAAGGCUUUGUGCAACAUCAAGGGUCUGUCAGAGGCUAAAGUGGAGAAGAUCAAGGAGGCUGCUGGGAAAAUGCUGAAUGUUGGUUUCCAGACAGCCUUCGAGUACAGUUCGAAGAGGAAGCAGGUGUUCAACAUCACAACCGGGAGCCUGGAGUUUGAUAAACUCUUGGGUGGAGGAAUAGAGAGUAUGGCUAUAACGGAGGCGUUUGGAGAGUUCCGCACAGGGAAAACCCAGCUCUCUCACACUUUCUGUGUCACUGCUCAGCUUCCCGGAGAGAACGGCUACUCAGGCGGGAAAGUCGUCUUCAUUGACACAGAGAACACCUUUCGUCCAGACAGACUGAAAGACAUCGCUGACAGGUUCAAUGUGGACCAUUCUGCUGUUCUGGACAAUGUGCUUUACGCUCGGGCCUACACCAGUGAACACCAGAUGGAGCUGUUGGACUUUGUCGCAGCCAAAUUCCACGAGGAAGGAGGAGUGUUCAAACUAUUGAUCAUUGACUCCAUCAUGGCUCUGUUCAGAGUCGACUUCUCUGGACGAGGAGAGCUGGCUGAGCGGCAGCAGAAACUGGCCCAGAUGCUCUCCAGACUGCAGAAGAUCUCUGAAGAAUACAACGUAGCAGUGUUUAUCACCAACCAAAUGACAGCUGAUCCUGGGGCAGGAAUGAGCUUUCAAGCCGAUCCCAAGAAGCCCAUUGGAGGACACAUCCUGGCCCACGCCUCCACCACACGGAUCAGUCUGAGGAAAGGGCGUGCCGAGAUGAGAAUUGCCAAAAUAUUUGACAGUCCCGAUAUGCCUGAGAACGAGGCCACGUUCGCCAUCUGUGCCGGAGGAGUGUCUGAUGCCAAGGAGUGAACGAUGAGGAGAAGAAACACAGUUAUCACAGUCCUCUGUUCUUGUCAGUUUGAAGUUGUUUAUGGUUUUCUUGUUAGAUUUAUUUAUUAUAUUUGUAUUAACUUAUUACGUUUUAACUGACCAUAUUGUACCGUUGUACUUUUGAUGUAUUUAUUAUAUUUAUACGCUUUGUAGUAUUG